GUUAGCAUUUUGCCACUUUAUUUUCCCUUGCAAAAGAAAAGUGGAUUUUUCGCUUUCUUUGGGGAAAAAAAAUAGAGCUCAAUUUAAAUUUGCAAUGUCGUGAAAGUGAAAUGGUUGUCUUUUUCUGAAAUGAAAAUGUGAGAUCUAAUUAUAGUCAAAUUCAUCUUCUUCCUCCUUUUGAGUCAGUACUGUUUUUCAAAUCUUCAGAUUUUAUAUUCCUUCUAGAACUUUCUGUUGCCGACACUUUUCUUCUGUUUUAGGUUCAUAGUUGAUUAAUAAAAAGGAAUGAGGGGUGAGAGAAAUAGGAAGCUACAUUUAAGCAAGAUCUAUUCAUUCACAUGUUGUAAAGCAAGUUCAGUUGAUGGAGAUCAUGCACAGAUUGGUGGUAAAGGCUAUUCAAGAGUGGUGUUAUGCAAUGAAACAGAUAGUAGUGUUGAGGAAAUUGGGAGUAGUAGGAACUAUUAUGAGUAUGCAGAUAAUUGUGUGAGAUCUACAAAAUAUACUGCUGCUACUUUCCUUCCAAAAUCACUUUUUGAACAGUUUAGGAGAGUUGCUAAUUUCUAUUUUUUGGUUACUGGUGUUUUGGCUUUCACAAAACUUGCUCCUUAUAGUGCUGGUAGUGCUAUUCUUCCUCUUGUUGUUGUUAUUGGAGCUACUAUUGUCAAAGAAGGUAUUGAAGAUUGGCGUAGGAAAAAGCAGGAUAUUGAAGUGAACAAUAGAAGAGUUAAAGUUCAUAAAAUUGAUGGAAUUUUUGAAUAUACUGCAUGGAAGAAUCUGAGGGUAGGGAAUAUAGUGAAGGUAGAGAAAGACGAGUUCUUCCCGGCAGACCUCGUAUUGCUUUCAUCCAGUUACGAGGAUGCGGUCUGCUAUGUUGAGACGAUGAACUUGGAUGGGGAGACAAAUUUGAAGUUAAAACAAGGUUUAGAAGUAACUUCUUCCUUACAUGAGGAUCUCAACUUCAAAAAAUUUAAAGCUACUGUCAAAUGCGAAGAUCCGAAUGCAAAUUUGUACUCGUUUGUUGGGAGCAUGGAGUUUGGAGAGCAAAAGUAUGCCCUUUCCGCUCAGCAACUUCUUCUGCGAGACUCUAAACUUCGUAAUACAGACUAUAUUUUUGGAGCUGUCAUCUUCACUGGUCAUGACACUAAGGUCAUUCAGAAUUCUACCGAUCCACCUUCGAAGAGGAGCCGAGUUGAGAAGAAGAUGGAUAGAAUCAUCUACUUCUUGUUUUGUAUUUUGUUUCUAAUGGCGUCUGUUGGAUCUAUUUUCUUUGGCUUCUUAACUAAAGAUGACUUUCGAAACGGGUUGGCUAAGAGAUGGUAUUUAAGGCCUGACCAUUCUACGAUUUUCUUUGAUCCGAAAAGAUCGGCCUCCGCUGCUGUAUUUCAUUGUUUGACAGCCUUAAUGUUGUAUGGCUUCUUUAUUCCCAUCUCUUUGUAUGUGUCAAUAGAAAUUGUGAAAGUCCUUCAAAGCAGUUUCAUCAAUCAAGAUAUCCAUAUGUACUACAAAGAUGCAGACAAACCGGCCCAUGCUCGCACUUCUAACUUGAAUGAAGAGCUUGGCCAAGUUGACACAAUACUUUCUGAUAAAACUGGAACUUUGACGUGCAACUCAAUGGAAUUCAUCAAAUGUUCCAUUGCUGGUGUAGCGUAUGGCCGUGGUGUUACCGAGGUCGAGAAGACCAUGAGUAGAAGAAAAGGUUUGCCGUUCGUUCAUGAGCGUGAUAUAUCAGAAGCGGAUGACGUCAGGGGUUCUCUUGAUAAAAAAGCAGCUAUAAAAGGUUUUAACUUCACCGAUGAAAGAAUAAUGAAUGGAAAUUGGGUUAAUGAGCCUCGUGCAGAUAUUAUCCAGAAGUUUUUUCGCCUCUUGGCAGUCUGUCAUACAGCCAUACCAGAAGUAGAUAAAGACUCAGGAAAUGUCUCGUACGAGGCUGAAUCUCCGGAUGAAGCAGCAUUUGUUAUUGCCGCAAGAGAACUUGGUUUUGAAUUCUAUAGAAGGGCUCAGACUAGUAUAUCGACGUUCGAGUUAGAUCCAGUUUCGGGAAAGAAAGUUGAAAGGAUGUACAAGAUUCUCAACGUUUUAGAAUUCAAUAGCUCAAGGAAGAGAAUGUCGGUAAUAGUAAAAGACGAUGAAGGAAAAACUUUACUACUCUGCAAAGGUGCCGACAGUGUCAUGUUUGAAAGACUUGCCAAGAAUGGGAGGGAGUUUGAAGAGAAAACCAUGGAGCAUGUGCAUGAUUAUGCUGAUGAAGGUUUAAGAACCCUUAUACUUGCCUAUCGUGAACUUGACCCACAAGAAUACAAAGAGUUCGAUAACAAAUUCUCCAAGGCCAAAAAUUUAGUUAGUUCCAAUUGGGAAACACUGAUUGAGGAAGUAUCUGAUAAUAUCGAAAAGAACCUAAUCCUUCUUGGUGCCACUGCUGUAGAGGACAAGCUCCAAAAUGGGGUUCCUGAUUGCAUUGACAAGCUUACUCAAGCAGGAAUUAAGAUUUGGGUUUUGACUGGGGAUAAAAUGGAGACUGCAAUCAAUGUUGGCUUUGCUUGUAGUUUGCUUAGACAAGGAAUGAAACAGAUUAUAAUUCAUUUGGAUAGUCCCGAAAUUCAAGCAUUGGAGAAGGAUGGGGACAAGAUAGCUAUUACCAAGACAUCAAGACAGAGUGUCCUCUUACAGAUAUGUGAAGGUGCUGCACAGCUUACUGCACACAGAGGGAUCUCUCACCAGGAAUUUGCUCUAAUAAUUGAUGGCAAAUCACUUGCUUAUGCACUUGAGGAUGAUAUGAAGAACAUGUUUCUGGAGCUUGCCAUUCGUUGUGCAUCUGUUAUUUGCUGUCGAUCAUCCCCCAAGCAGAAAGCACUGGUCACUAGAUUGGUCAAAUCUGGAACUGGGAAAACAACAUUAGCUAUUGGCGAUGGAGCUAAUGAUGUGGGAAUGCUUCAAGAAGCUGAUAUCGGGGUUGGUAUAAGCGGCGUUGAAGGAAUGCAGGCUGUUAUGUCUAGUGAUAUCGCAAUUGCACAAUUCCGAUAUUUGGAACGAUUACUUCUUGUGCACGGACAUUGGUGUUACCGGAGGAUCUCAUCAAUGAUAUGCUAUUUUUUCUACAAGAACAUCACAUUUGGUUUCACACUAUUCUUAUAUGAGGUUUAUGCAUCAUUCUCUGGAAUACCUGCAUACAAUGACUGGUUUUUAGCUCUCUAUAAUGUUUUCUUUUCGUCACUUCCUGUGAUCGCUCUCGGUGUAUUCGAUCAGGAUGUAUCCGCUCGGUACUGUCUGAAGUUUCCUUUGUUAUAUCAAGAAGGAGUACAAAAUGUCCUUUUCAGCUGGCGUCGAGUACUCAGUUGGAUGCUUAACGGAUUCUUUAGUGCCUUAUUAAUUUUUUUCUUUUGCACAAAAGCAAUGGAACUCCAAGCCUUUGAUCAUGAGGGAAGAACUGCUGGAAGAGAUAUACUCGGAACAACCAUGUUCACUUGUGUAGUUUGGGUUGUAAACUUACAAAUGGCACUAGCUAUAAGUUACUUCACCUUGAUCCAACAUUUUUUCAUUUGGGGUUCCAUUUUUUUCUGGUACAUUUUUCUCUUAAUAUAUGGAGCCGUGCCUCAAAAGUAUUCUGGAAACGCUUACAAAAUUUUCGUCGAAGCUCUUGCUCCUUCACCUACCUAUUGGAUAUUAACAUUCUUUGUGGUGAUCGCGACCCUUAUACCAUACUUCUCAUACAAAGCAAUUCAGAUGCGGUUCUUUCCAAUGUAUCAUGAAAUGGUACAGUGGAGAAGGUACGAAAGGAAGAUCGAGGAACCCGAAUACUGUGAUAUGGUGCAACAAAUAUUGUUGCAGCCAAUGACUGUCAGUUCAACAGGUCGUUUAGCUGCCAAGGCAAACCGAUCAAUGGGCAAAGACAAAAUUCUUAACCGUAGAUAAUAUAUUUUUGAUAUAUUGUUUUUAGUCAUUAAAUCCUGUAGGGUUGUAUAGUUUUCCUGAAAAUGUUUAUGACUUUGCACAUAGUCAUGGAAUUGCUUGAUGGAUCAUCUCAACCAGAAGAAUAUGUUGCUUAGUAUGAUGCAUGGAACCAACAUUAUUUGGUUCUGAUGUUGGGAAGAAAAAUAAGUACACAUAGCUUUCAUAUACCAUCUUUUGUAUCACAGAUAGAAGCUGUUACUGUAUAUAGAAGCAAGAAUUAUUUUUAGGAUGAGAUAGAGCUGGUUUUUUUUUGUUUUUUUUUUUGUAAAAAAAUAGAACAGUGUUAUUGAGAAUUUCAUUUUUGUGCAAUCAUAUAAAUCUUUGACUUGCUCCUUUU